AUGAGCUCCUGCUGUACUUUUGCAAAAAUGCUCCUUGGGGCACUACUAAUGGGAAAUCUGUGCAGUUGCUCUAUAAGCCACGAAAAAGAAGACAAAUACAGCAUCCAAGCCAAACUGGCCAGAGAAUUUCGGGAAUAUCUCACAGAAAGCAUAAACACGUCAAAAUCUUCUCUUGUAGCAUCACAAUUUGUGAUGAAGACAUUGGAGAAAGCUCCAGCAAUUACGCACGUGCAGGAAAACAGCGAGGGCACGCGCAGAAACGUGCUCUGCGUUGAUUUGGGUGGCACCAGCCUGAAAAUGGGAAUUUAUCAAAUAGGAUCAGACGGACAGACACCUGUAAAGCAGACAGAGGACUUUAUUGUGCCAAUACCAAAAACAGCCAAGGAAAUAGGAGACAGAACCAUCUAUGAGUUCAUGAGCGAGCAAGUCAACCAGUUUGUGCGGAGCCGAAGAACAGACACAGGCGAUGCUGCGCUACUUAUGGAGGGAGCGCUUACGUUCUCGUACCCCUUGGAGAGCCACGACGGAAAGAUGAAAGUGGUUAAGUUCACAAAGAAGUUUGGCUGGAAAAGGGUCGAGACAGAGCACGAAAUUCCUUUGGACGAGCUAAACAAGAUGACGUCAGACACGGUUGCUUUCCGGGUGAUUCUGAAUGACACUACAGCGCUUGGGGCGUGGGCUGGGAUUACGCACGAGAACGCAAUAGGAGGGUUUGUUCUGGGGACUGGCAUGAACUGCUCGUACCUGGAAAGUUCCCCAGAGGCCAUACGAAUCUUCAACACUGAGUGCGGCUCGUUCAACUUCACGGGAAUCGACGCGCUGACAGACAGCAUUGACGCAGAGAUGGCAAAUAACUCCCCGGAGCAGGAGAGGAACGUAUACUUGCUGGAGAAAAUGGUUGGCGGCCUGUACUUUGAAGAGUACAUCAACCUGUGCAUUGAAAAAAGCAUAGAAGAAACCACUGCCAGGAAGAUAAAGUGCGUUAUAGGCGAGCCCAACGAGCAGUCUGCCCACACAAAAAAGAGCUUUGUAGUGAAAAACCACAGGCUAUCGCCCGAGGAGAUAGAAGAGGAUCUGAUAGAGUUCUUCAGAAGUGAGCAUCCAGACCACAUAGACAUACUCGACAGUGUAAUUCGCAUGUCGCAUUCUAUCGUGGAAAAAACAACCGACCGCAAGCACAAAGUCUGCGCUGCCCUUUUGGCUGGGAUGAUUUCCAAGUCCAGGGCGCAAACGGGCAGAAACUCGUUUGUGUUCGGCCUGACAGGGUCUGGCUGCAAGGGGGCGGAGUUCCAGCGUGCAGUUAAAGGGUACAUCGCAUCCAUACUGAAAGAGAUAGACGAAGACGCAUCAGGCGAAGCAUCUGUAGAGUUUGAGUUCUCGGAAGAAGCUUCCCUGCUGGGCGGAGCAUGUGCAUAUGCCAGGAACUGUCCACGCUCCCAGCCGUGA